AUGGCACCGAAAACUUCCCCGUUCGAUCUCUCCAAAUGCGCGAGACCCAACAUCCUGAAAUUGAAACCGUACCGUUGUGCGCGAGAUGACUACAAAGACGACGGCACCAAUGUCCUCCUUGAUGCGAACGAGAACGCCUAUGGCCCGGGGCUAGCUCUCGACAAGAAUGGUGUGCAUGGCAAGGAUGACAAUACGACGGUCGAUUUCCUGGGUUUGAACAGAUACCCCGAUCCACACCAGGUCGAGCUGAAGGAGUUGUUCUGUCGUCUGAGAAACACACACACCCAUACAGACAAACAGUUGAAGCCAGAGAAUAUGUUCUGCGGAGUCGGUUCAGAUGAAGCCAUCGACGCGCUGUUGCGCUGCUUCUGUGCGCCUGGAAAAGACAAGAUUCUGACCUCUCCUCCCACGUACGGCAUGUACGGAGUCAGCGCAGAUGUCAAUGAUGUUGAGAUCGUUGAAGUGCCCCUCGACCCCGAGAAUGGCUUUUCACUGCGCCCCAAACAAAUCUUGGACAAACUCUCCUCCGACCCUUCCAUCAAGAUGGUGUACGUCUGCUCUCCUGGAAAUCCCACCGCCAGUCUCAUUCCGAAGGAAGACAUUCAACAGAUCUUAGAGCAUCCAACGUGGAAUGGCAUUGUCAUUGUCGACGAGGCGUAUAUCGAUUUCUCACCUGAUGGGUCCAGCUUGGCGGAAUGGGUGUUGGAGUGGCCGAACUUGGUGGUGAUUCAGACAUUGAGCAAGGCAUUUGGCUUGGCCGGCAUCCGUUUGGGAGCGGUCUUCAGCAGCCCAGAGAUUGCAGCACUGCUCAACAACAUCAAGGCACCAUACAACAUCUCAAGCCCAACUAGUGCCAUCGCCAUAGCAGCUUUGCAAGAAGAGAAUCUGGCAGUCAUGCGACAAUACCGCGAGAAAAUCAUCCAGCAACGCGAACGACUCCUUCGAGAGCUCCCACGCAUUCCAGGUGUUGGCCGUUUCCGCGGAGGGUCUGCUUCGAACUUCCUGCUGGUCGAGAUCUUGGACAAACCGCGUGAGGAGGGUGGAAAACCCGACAAUGCGACGGCUUUGAAUGUUUACGAGACCAUGGCGGGGCAACGUGGAGUGGUUGUUCGGUUCCGGGGAAAGGAAUACGGGUGCACGGGCUGUCUGAGGAUCACAGUGGGCACCGAGCAGGAAGUGGAUCGCUUUCUGAAGGAGCUCAGAUCUGUUUUGGGUCACAUUUACUCGGCUGCAUCGCAAGGCUCGAAGGUCAAUGGCAUCGACAAGGAGAGUCAGAGUGAGGGGGAACGCGAGAUGGCCGCCAACAGUGUGAUAUCAUAG